ACGGAGACUCUCGUUUUCUUUCAUGACGAGAAUAUUGAUUAAUGGGUUUUUUUUUUAAAAUUUUUAUUUUGAUUAAUUAUCCGAUGUAUUGCGAGGAAUUUGUUGACUUUGUGUGUGUGUGUGUCUGUUUGUGUGUUUUAUUGACUCUUGAGUGCCAGUUUUUGGCUUGAUAGUCGGAUCUUUUGACCUCUGUAGUGGUUUGAUUUUCUAUUUUUAGGGUUUUUGUUUAGGUUUUCCGAUUCAAACACCCUCUGAAGUGUAGCAGAUUGAAUCGAUUUUUGGUCUUCCCUUUUAUUCUCGGUCGUGGUUGUAUAUUGGUUGUUGUUUUUGUGAGCUAUUUAGUUGAUUGGUUCGGAGUGGAAGCAAUGGUGAGUGAGUAUUAAGAGCAGAUAAACUGUGCUGCCCUAACUUUGAAUUGGGUUUUUAUGUUCAGCUAUGACGGUUCAUUUGACUAUCAGUGAUGUUAUUGACUGAGAAUCCUUUGGGAUUCAUUUUUGUUCACUUUGAUGUUCAACUGAAUAGCUCUGAAAUCCCUAAAUGAUUUCAUAUCUGCAAAUACUGGAGCUUGCUUCUUGGAGUGACAUUGGUGAAACUAGAAGUUGAGUAUACCAGUUCACGGAUGUGAGUGGCAACUGCAGGGUACUUUUUGUUAGAUUAUGUUUGGUGCACUUCACUAUGGGAUCUGCUUGUUGUGUUGCUGCUAGAGACAGGACUAUCGUAAGUGGAUCAGGUAGUGAGGCUUUGCAUAGGAAUAUACGAUAUUCACCAACAUGGAGCUUUCGGUGGGAUAACCGAGGACGAGUAGCUGGUGAAGAGACUUCAGUAAGGUGGGUUUCUGAUGGAAUUAGCAGGAAUGGUGGUUCAGAUACUAAGUGUGAAUCUGCGUACGUAUCAGAGGAUGGAAGCCCAUUCGAAAGUCUUCACAGACAUACAUGGCAAAAGUCUCCAUUUUCAGAAGGAACUGCUAUGCAUACGAGGACACCUGGUUCAGAUAAAUCUAUCUCGAGAAAUGUCUCGACAGAUGUCAGUUUGGAACAGGUAAAGGAGUCAGAAGAAUCACCAGCUGUGUCAUGUCCAUCUCCUUUGAAACUCUCUCUUUCAUUGCCCUCAACUUCUUCCUUUUCAACACCUGCUCUGUUGCCCCAGAGUCAACUGCAUCCUUCGGGCGAAUCAAGGUGGCCCAACUAUUCUCCUGGACAUUUGCCAUCAGGGCAUGUAUCUGAUAAGCGAAUUCAAGGAUUUAAGUCUCCAAAUAACCUCUCAGUUAGUGAGGAAAAAGCAGUGAUUCCCUCAAGGAGCAAUGAGUCAAAUGGGGGCUCCCAUGGUGGUUCUUCGGAUGGAUGGUCUAUGCGUGCCUUUUCUGAACUCAUGGCCACAUCUCAUGGAGAAAGGUGGUUCUUUGAUAAUGAGUCCGUUGGCUUCAAUCGUGAUGAGAUAUCUAGGUCGAGUAGCCGAAUUUUGUCUUCGCCCUCUGUUGAUCUACAGACGUGUGGGAUUUGCUCAAAGCUUUUGACUGAGAAAUCGUCAUGGAGCAGCCAGAAGAUUAUUGCCACUAACGAUCUUUCUGUUGUUGCUGUUUUGAUCUGUGGACAUGUAUACCAUGCUGAGUGUUUGGAGAAUAUGACUCCUGAGAUAGACAAGUAUGACCCUGCUUGCCCAGUUUGUACUUUGGGAGAGAAGCAGACCCACAAAUUGUCCCAACAAGCUUUGAAAGCAGAAAUUGAUAUGAAAGCUAAACAAAGCAAGAGGUCAAGAAAGAUCAUGGAUAGUGAUCUUCAAAGUGGUUCGACUGCAUUCGAUCAUGUAAAAAGUGCUGGACAUGAAGGAGAUGGUCCCAAGAUGGCCUCAAGCUCCAGCAUGAGAAGCUCUUUAGGAAAACCGUUCUUGAGGCGGCACUUUUCCUUUGGAUCUAAGGGGAGUAAAUCCUUGUCAGGGAGUCAUUCUACUCAAAAGAAGGGGUUCUUCUGGGCUAAAUCAAGCAAGAUGUGAUGAUCUACUGGUUAGGAGAGGUGAUCAUCCAUGCAAUCUCAGUUGGAUAAAGAAUUGCCAAGAGUACCAUUCUCCAAGAAUUGUUGAACACACACACUGAAAUUUCAACAGGAUUAGCAUGUGAAGUUACACUGUAAAGUGAAAAAAAGAAGAGCAAUUUAUAAAACACUUGAAUGUAAUGAAAAAUAGUGGAAAAGUUAUGGUAUAAUCACUAGUCUGGUCAUUUGAUUUAUAUUUGUACAGAUUAAUUUGUUUUAUUUUUCCUUGCUUUGUGCACAUUAUGAUUGACCCAGUAACACUCUUUACUGGUUAUAGACCAUGGUUGAUGGUUG